UGCGAUAAACUAAUUUAAUGAAUAACCUUUGCAAUUUGGGGAUCAAUUUAUUUUUAAUUCUCUCUCCAUUUUGUCACUGAGAUACAACGGAAAAUUAAUCGUUCAGAAAAUAAUGGCCGGAAAAAGUAAGAUUUUGAUCAUCGGCGCCACCGGAUACAUCGGGAAAUUCAUCGUUCAGGCCAGCGCCGAUGCCGGCCACCCGACCUCCGUUCUAGUCCGAGAGUCCACUCUCUCUAACCCUGCCCCUCCAAAAGCCGAUCUCAUCCACAGCUUCAGAAAUUCCGGCGUCAAUUUCAUCAUCGGAGAUUUGUACGAUCACGAGAGCUUGGUGAAAGCUAUAAAGCAGGUGGAUGUAGUUAUAUCUGCUGUUGGCUAUGCUCAGUUGAACGAUCAAGACAAGAUUCUAGCUGCUAUUAGGGAAGCUGGAAAUGUGAAGAGAUUCUUUCCUUCGGAAUUUGGUAAUGAUGUGGACCGUGUCCAUGCUGUGGAGCCCGCAAAGUCGACAUUCGGGAAAAAGGCCCAAUUCCGCCGUUUGGUGGAAGCUUCGGGAGUCCCUUACACAUAUGUCUCGAGCAAUUUAUUUGCCGGUAUAUAUCUUAAAACACUGGCACAGCUAGAUGCAUCUGCCCCACCAAGGGAUAAAGUUGUAAUAUUCGGGGAUGGCAACACAAAAGCUGUGUAUAACAAGGAAGAAGAUAUUGCCACGUACACGAUUAAGGCUGUGGACGAUCUCAGAACCCUGAACAAGAUCCUCUACAUUAGACCUCUUCACAACUCUAUCUCCCUAAACGAACUCACGACCUUGUGGGAGAAUAAAUGUGGCGUAAAACUCGAAAGGAAGUACAUCCCUGAGGAACAAGUUCUGAAAGACAUUCAAGGCAAGAGGAAAACUUCCUUAAAAGGGGAUCAGACGAACUUUGAAAUCGAGCCCUCGUUUGGAGUUGAGGCCUCGGAGCUUUAUCCCGAUGUUAGAUAUGCCACAGUGGAUGAAAUGCUUGACAAAUAUGUCUGA